AUGGCAUCUCAUUACGGCACACUGUGCGUCACGGGUGGCACAGGUGCCCAGCCAGGGGCUUGGCCCUGGAUCGUAACCAUCCAGAACCCUUGGAAAACAGGCACGGGCCACAUGUGUGGAGGGUCCCUCAUGAGCCCACGGCAGGUCCUCACAGCAGCCCACUGCUUCAUCAAGGCCAGGCACAUCACCAUGUGGCGCAUGGUGAUCGGGGCCACCCACUUGACUCAACUGGGCCCUGAGACCCAAGUGCGCAACAUUAAGUGGCUGAUGGUUCACGAAUGCUACAGUAACAUCAUGGACAUGAACGAUAUCACCUUGCUGGAACUGGACCAGCCUGUCCAGUGCGGCUACUACAUAUAUCUCACCUGCGUGCCUGACGCCUCGCUGAGAGUGUCAGAGCUGACGAGCUGCUACAUCAGUGGUUGGGGUGCCACCACGGCAAGAUGUGAGUUCCCAAAUGCUAGAGGAUCGACUGCUGUCCUGCAGGAGGCCCAGGUCCACCUCAUCGAUGUCAAACUCUACAACAGCAGCCGGUGGUACAGAGGGGCCAUCCAGCCCCACAACGUGUGUGCCAGCUAUCCACAGGGCGGCAUUGACACCUUCCAGGGUGACAGAGGUGGUCCUCUCGUCUGCAAAGACAACGACGCUGACUACUUCUGGCUCAUGGGGGUGACCAGCUGGGGGAAAGGCUGCGCGAGAGUCAAGCGGCCUGGAGUCUACACCUCCACACAGCACUUCUACAGCUGGAUCCUG